CAGGAAUAGCUCCAACAAAUGCAGCCACGGCUCUAAUUUUAGCCAAUAUAUAUGUAUGACUACAGAUACUUUUUCUGUAUACUGCAGAAAGCUCUCGGGUAACAUUACCAUUUAAUAAUAAUAAAGCACUCAGCGAUACAGCACAUACAUCCAACAAGCCACGGUGCCAGUCCCGCUUAUAAACAUUCCAUUGACGCCAUGAAGCUCCACAUGACAUCUCCAGCCUCCAGCCUAUGAGCUUGCAGCCUAACUCAGAGCGGCAUGAAAGUGACGCAUUCGCUAGGCCGCGCCCCCCUGUCAGUGUGUGACGUAUCGCAAUGUUCCAGAAGGUGGGCGGAGCUCCGGUGUGAGGGCGCUGUGUUUUGGAGCGCUGCGCUGGGUAGGGCAAAUCGAGUUUCACGGUGACGGAUGUAUCCUUGAGCGGUUUCUUUGGCCCGAAGGAAGUUUAACCUCCCAGAGUCUCUCCUUAAAGUUCCAUGGUUCAUAAGGACCGCAAUGAGCCGCCCGUCCUCUGCCGGACCCUGCGCUAGCAAACCGUGUGGCAAGCAAAAGCAGCCGCCGCCACCACCGCCACCCCACGCUGCGUCUCUGUCGCUGCCUGCCACGAUUUCCGGCGGUCCCGGCUCCUCUGCCCCCCCACCCCCGGCGGCGGCAGCAGCAGCAAUCACGGGCCCGCUGUCCCAGCAGCACCAGGAGCUGACGUCGCUGUUCGAGUGUCCGGUCUGUUUUGACUAUGUCCUGCCGCCUAUCCUGCAGUGCCAGGCCGGGCACCUGGUGUGUAACCAAUGCCGCCAGAAGCUGAGCUGUUGCCCGACUUGCAGGGCCUCCCUCACCCCGAGUAUUCGGAACCUGGCAAUGGAGAAAGUGGCCUCUGCUGUCCUAUUCCCCUGCAAGUAUGCUUCUACUGGAUGCUCUCUAUCUCUCCAUCACACUGAGAAGCCAGAACAUGAGGACAUCUGUGAAUACCGGCCAUACUCCUGCCCUUGUCCCGGAGCGUCCUGUAAAUGGCAGGGAUCAUUGGAAAAUGUUAUGCAGCACCUUACCCACUCCCACAAGAGCAUCACCACCCUUCAGGGAGAAGAUAUAGUUUUCCUUGCAACAGACAUUAACCUGCCUGGUGCUGUCGAUUGGGUGAUGAUGCAGUACUGUUUUAACCACCAUUUUAUGUUGGUGCUGGAGAAACAGGAGAAGUAUGAGGGACACCAGCAGUUCUUUGCCAUUGUCCUCCUUAUAGGCACACGAAAGCAAGCUGAGAAUUAUGCCUACAGACUUGAACUCAAUGGAAACCGGAGGCGCUUGACAUGGGAAGCUACGCCAAGGUCCAUCCAUGACGGGGUAGCUGCCGCAAUCAUGAACAGUGAUUGCUUAGUUUUUGAUACUGCAAUUGCACACUUGUUUGCAGACAAUGGAAACUUGGGCAUCAAUGUAACCAUAUCCACAUGUUGUCCAUGAUACUUUGUUUUGUGAUCGCUGUGAAAAAGUUAUUUAAUGGGCUAUAUUUGAAUAGAGUACAGUUUGCAUUUUUUUUCCUACAAAAUGGACUUGAAACAUCACUUCGUAAAGACCCUAAAUAUUCUCUUCUAUAUAUUUUUAACUUUGGGGAGUGCCAGAUCGCUGUUCAAUAACUUCCCUACACUCCUCUUGCACUUUAAGAGUUAGAGGCUCUAUGUUCGUGUGAAACAUUGUAAGAUGACAUCAUACAAAUAUUUGUUAUAUUUUCUUAUAAAAAGCGUUAAUGACAGCUUUGAUUGUUUAGCAUAGGCAGAAAUCAUAAGCUUCAAAUAUUGCACAUUGUCUUAAACAAUUGAAAUUUGACAAGCAUUUUUUUGCUUUUUACAUUGACUGUGGAUGGUAAAAUAAUAAUUGUACACACAAUAAGCUAUACCUAUGUACUAAUGUCAGGACAUUCAUUCUACAAAGAAAGGGGGGGAGUUCUGCACUUCUCUCAUGGCCAAAUUUAUUUAAGGAAAAUGGGAAAAUUCUCAACUCCAGAAUAACAAAUAUAUCAAUUGAUAUAUUGUACAAAUGUUGUUUUCUGAUAUAGAUGUACUUUAGUGCUAAAUCAGUCUGUUUGCAGGGAGUAAAUCCCAGGGGCGAUGCUUUAACAUCUCCACUUCUGCAUUGCAAAGCUGAAGAAAUGGCAGGUUAGUGUGUCUGGCAAAUGUUUCCAUCCACUCUGUUGUUUUAAUUUAGUGGUGUGUGUGCGCUACAAACAUUUCAGUCUCUGUAUUCUUCAUUGACACAAUGAAACAGCCCCAAUAGCUGCUGUACAGGGAUAUAGAUAAUGGUGCUGCUCUUUCUGUCUAUGGAGAAUCCCACUUCAGAGGCCUUCAGCAAUGCAGCUUUUAUGCAGCAUAAAUACUCUGUCCUUGUUGUAAUGUACACUGUACAAGAUAUGGCUUUUUUUAAAUGCAUAUUUAAGGGAGCUUUUUUUUUUUUUAUCAAUUUUACUUACUUUCUCAGUUUAGUUCUGCUGCAAGUGCUUUGAAACAUAUCUUUGUGUGGAAGAUAAACCCUACUUAUAAACUGUUCCUUUAAAGGGAUACCCUCUUUAGCAGUGCUGUAAGCCAAAAGUGAACCCCCUUGUGUUUUCCAUAUGAAUAUUUUUUUUUCAGCACUGUAUUUACUGAUCUUUGCCUAAGGCAAAUAAGCUGUGCCAUUUUAACUUGUAGUUUCAUGCAAGACUUUAGCCUUGAGUUUCAUGUGUUCCGACAUAGAGAAAGUAUAGACUACUUUCCACAAAAUUGCUGCAGCAUGUGUCUUUGUUGACAGAUGUUUUUGAUGCCUGUAGCCUGUCUUAAUUGCUACCAUUCUUCUGGCUUUAGUGCCUGUUAAAGACAAGCAAAGCUAGCUUGUCACGCAUUAGGCAUUUCACUGGAAAGCACCCCCUUUACCUACUUGGUUUGACCUAGUAAACAACCCAUGUCCCUUAGCUCAGUGAUAGAAUUGAACAGACUUCUACCAGGGUCUGAACUGAGGGACAGAAGGUAAUAUAACCCCUGUGUUUCCAGUGGGUUAUGGUGCUUUUUAUUGGAGAAAAUACAAUGUGGUCUUUUAAAUGGGGCUUCAUAUCAGUUGCUCCUUUUGUGAUGCCAAUGUAUACUGUUUUUUGUUUUAUUGUUAUAUAUGUGAAUAAUAUAUAUUUUAUAACAAUGUUAUUGAUGUUGAGUUAUGCAGUUGCUACAUUUGUGCUUUGUGUACUUAAAAAAUGGAUCUCCUGACAGACACAGAAACACGUUAUAGGAUAUUAUUUCUUACCGGAAUUAGGCAUUUUUCAUACCUCACUUAAUUCUGCCUAAAGCAUUCAGUCCUUUCAUGUUUGAAUUUAGAGCUGCUAGGAUGACAUGUCUUCCAACAUGGGUAUACACUGAAGUAAGGAACAGGCAUGUAAUGUAGAUUACGUGUCUGUUCCUUACUUCAGUGUGUACCCAUGUUGGAAGACAUGUCAUCCUAGCAGCUCUAAAUUCAAACAUGAAAGGACUGAAUGGUUUAGGCAGUUCUUUGUGUAAACUAGUUAUUUCCCCUAUACCAAAUCUUUACCAUCACUGUCAACAUUGGUGCCACUGAAACAUUAUUUUGGCAAACAAACCUGUUUUACCAACCAGAAAAAUAUUAAAAAUAUUUAAUCUAGGUUAAAAAUGUGUCUUUUGUAGCCAUUGUAUCAAAAACAAUUGCACAGAAAAUAGAUUUGGAAAUCAACUAGAUCUAUAUAUAGAUCAGCUAUUUUAAAAUGGAUGAUUCAUGGGAUUAUGUUCCUUCUUGUAAUUUUGUAUUACUCAAAUAGUACUGUUAGCAUCUAAAUGCAUUAUAGUAUUAUAGUAUGUAGGACAAAUGCCUUUAUAAUGCACACAGAUUUCCUCUGUGACUUUUGAACUUUCAUAAUAUUCCAUGAGGGAACAUUAUCCCCUGUGUCAUCUAUUUGUUUAAAUUUACAAUUGGUGCAUUAUUCCUUAUGACUGAGCAUACUUGAUUGAUGUCACAACUGUGAGUGCAGCUGACAGAGAAUGCUGGAGUUUGCCAACAGAAAAAGGACUGGGUUUGGUAGAACAUACCUUCUUACACUUAAGUGACGUAAUGGACACUUGUUCUCUCCUAUAAUAUAAUUAUGGUAGCAUUAUUGGACAGCUGAGCCAGUGACAAGAAUAUGAACUUGCAUGUAAAGACUGAGAGCCAUCAACAGUGCCAUAGCAAGAGCAGACUCCUGAGUAUUGAUGUUGGCUUGCAGCAUUCUGCAACACCGGUCCAUGUGUAGCAUACAUUUUUACAAUGAGGUUUGCAGGAAACGUAUUAGGCAUUUAUGAAUGUUAUCAUUAUAAAUCCUUCCCAAACCCCUCUCAUGUGUUACAGUUGGAAAGGGUGGGAGUGGUAGUGUUUCUGUGGGAUACUUUUAUUAAAGUGUACAUUAGAUUACAAAAAAAACACAAUCUUUUUGCAUAUUGGUUUUUUUCCUGUUAUGACCAUAUUUAAUCAUCUUGUGUAUUUUUUGGGCUCAGUGGACAGAGUGGCCUUCAUUUCAUUUGUGUAUAGCAUAUACUUUACAUAGACAACAGCUAGUAAGGUAUGGGGAUUAUUGUUUUGGAUGUGCAUACACUAAAUUCACCUCAAUCUACAAUGCCUUUUAUUUAUUUUACAUGAUUCUGAUAACUUGUUUAUCGUCUAUUCUCAUAACACUGUCUCUAAAAAUACCACACAUGUUUUGUAAAUUCUGUUAUAAUAGGCAAAACUAACCGUAUUAAUGCUUACCAACUUAUUUUUAAGUCUGUAUAAGUAUAUAUGGUUAACAUUUGUGCUGGAGUUUGGAUCUGUGAUCAUCUGUUUACAUUUGAUUUCCUCUGAAGUCACAUACCUGUCAAUAUUGUAAAGGACAGAAAAACAACAACAAUUUGAUGGUCUGUCCUGUCAGUGCUGUUUUAAUAAUUGCCAUAUUUACUAUAGUUUUAUAAUAAAAUCUUCUUGUAAAAGAAAAA